AUGUCUUCUGACACCGAUGGCAACCAGCAACCGGGGCUCAUUGCCUUUUGUGUGGUAAUGCUCACAUUAGCUGUAGCCUCGGUCGCCCUCCGCUGCUGGUCCAUCUGGAGCUCUCACACUCACAGGUUUGGCUAUGAUGAUGCCUUUGCCAUCCUGACUUUGCCCUUCAUUAUCGCUGAAUCGUCCCUAAUCUUCUACUGGAUCUCCCUGGGAUUGGGUCGUCAUAUCGCCACAUUACCCGUCAGCCAUCAACUCGCGGGUCCCAAGAUCAUCUUCGCGGCCGCCUUCCUGUACGAUGCCAGCAUCACCUUCCCCAAGUUAUCGGUGCUCUGCUUCUACCAUCGGAUCUUCCAACGGGGCGGAGGCCCCUGGGUCCGCCCGACACUCGCAGCGGUGGGUGCCCUGUGCGUCUUCUGGCUGAUCGGGGCGUGGCUGGCCACGGCCUUUCAGUGUACACCCGUACGAGCCUCGUGGGAAGCCGUGGCCGGUUCGAAAUGCUUCACGCAGUGGAAGUUCUUCACGGGGACCGCGGCCCCGAGUGCCAUCCUGGAUCUGAUCAUCCUGCUGAUCCCGCUGCCUCUGCUCUGGUCGUUGCAUAUGACUCGGGCGAAGAAGGCCAUGCUCAUCGGCCUUUUCAUUUGUGGGUACUCAGUGGUCGUCGUAUCUGUCGGUCGGCUCAUCACUCUUCUCAAGGCGGGUUCGGCCCUGGAAGCCGAUCUCACCUGGACCACCAUCGAAUAUAUCUGUUGGGUGCAGUGUGAAGGCCCGAUUUCGCUCCUGUCGGUCUGCCUCCCGAAUAUCACGGACCUGGGGCGUCGCUGGCUCGCAAGGAGCGGAAGAACACAGCCGCUCCGGAAUAGUGCCUUCUCAUUAUCAUCAUCCGCCAGCAAGCCAAGUAAUACGGCGGAGUUGUUGAGUGGCAAACGAUCAUUCCAUCCUCUCGGGGAAGUAGCAGAGGGAGUAGAUCGAGAGGCCAUCCUCCUGGACAGCGGUAGCCCACAGAGAACUCCGAAAGAUAGCCGGCAUCACAUUUAUGUGAACACUACCUUCGAAGCAACACGGGAGAGUGUCUGA